AUGCUCAAGCAUCACAACUACUCAGCCUGCGCUCUGGAGCCCCUGAGUCCGCAGCUUCUGAGUCUGCACGCCGCAAGCAUGUGGAGGUGGUCCCUGCACAAGAAGGUUGAGCGGGAUCCUGGGAAGAGCCCGGCGCUGGUCCGCAUCCUGCUCAGAGAGCUGGAGAAGGCAGAAAGUGAGGAUGCCCGCCACAUCAUCAUUCCCUUGCUGCACACUCUAAUGUACGUGCUCACUAAGGCCACGGGCAUCACAGAGGAGCUCCACCGGAGAACCUACGCUUUUUGCAAGAGGUUGCUGACCCUGCCCGCCCCCUACUGCACGAUCGCCCUGGACUGCGCCAUCAGGCUGAAAACGGAGACGGCUGUCCCAGGGACGCUGUACCAGAGGCUGGUCAUUGCCGAGCAGAACCUGACGAGCGAGCUGUACCCCUACCGGGAGAGAGUGUUCCUCUUCGUGGAUCCUGAGCUGGUGUCUCCCUCCGUGUGCAGUGCCCUGCUGCUGGAGAUCGAGGCGGCCCAAGGGCAGCAGACGCCGGAGGCCUGCAUGCGCCACGUGGUCUCCCAUGCCCUUCAGGCGGCGCUGGGGGAGGCCUGCCAUGCAGGCGCACUGCAGAAGAAGCUGCUGGCCAGCUCCCGCCCCGCCUUGGAGCGCUAUUUCCAUGCCGUGGUGACAGCCGUGGAGCAGAUGGCCAGAGAGCCAAGCCCUAGCCGAGAGGGCCACCUGGAGAGGCUGGAGGAGAUUUACUGCUCCCUGCUGGGGCCGGCGGCGACAGCCAGGGGGCGCUGCGGCGGUGACCCCCUCCAGGACCAGCCACUGAGUGUCCCUCUGCCCAGCCCCCGCAUCACCUUCCACCUGUGGACCGACGAGGAGCAGCUCUGGAAGGAACUGGUGCUCUUCCUGCGCCCGCAAACCCAGCUGCGCCUCAGUGCAGACUUGGAGGCCUUGGAUCUUCAGGGCCUCCUGCCAGACUGGGAGCUGGCCCGGGCGUCCAUGCUGUCCACUGACAGCGGCAUCGAGCGGGACCUUCCUCUGGGGGCCGACGAGCUGCUGGCCCCUGGCAGCCCCGAGGCAGAGCGAGCCGGGCUGCAGCGCAAAGGGGGCAUCAAGAAGCGGGUGUGGCCCGCAGACAUCGUGAUGCCCAGCAGCUGGGAUGGGCCCCCAGGGCUGCACCGCAGGACGGGCAGGCCCAGCGGGGACGGGGAGCUACUGCCCGGCGUCUCCCGGCUGCACACAGCGCGGGUGCUGGUGCUGGGGGAUGACAGGAUGCUGGGGCGCCUGGCCCGGGCCUACCGCAACCUCAGGAAGCAAGAAACCCAGAGGUUCUGCCUCACCCCCCGACUCAGCCUGCAGCUCUACUACAUCCCCCUGCUGGCUCCCAAGACAUCUGCAGCAUCCAGGCAGUCAGAGCUGGGAGAGUUGGCCGCGUUCCUGGGCCGCAUGGACCCGUGGUACGAGAGCAUCGUCAACACCCUGUGUCCCACCAUCCACAAGCUGGCAGAGAUGCCUCUCUCCCUGGACACAUCCCAGACUGUAGACCCCUUCAUCCUGGAUGCCAUCACCUACUAUGUUCGCAUGGGCACCCAGCCCAUCUAUUUCCAGAUCUACACAGUCAAGAUCUUCUCUGGUGACCUGAGCCAAGACCCUGUGGAGGACAUUUUCCUCACCGAGCUGAAGGUCAAGAUCCAAGACUCCAAGUUCCCCAAAGAUAGUUUUUCACCCCGGAGGAGGGGCGUGGCCGAGGGCCCAGGGGCUGAGCUGUCCAUCUGCUACCAGAAGGCCCUGCUCAGCCAGCGGACCCGGGAGGUCACCGUCUCCCUGCGGGCCACUGGGCUGGUUCUGAAGACCCUUCCAGCCAGUGACACUGAAGUUUCAGGGCCCACCCACUGCACACCCCCUGCUGCUCCCGACACAGACCACACGUGCCUGAAAGUUAGUGUGACAGAGAUCGUGAAGACCUCCAACUUGGCGGGAAGGUCCUUCUCUGUGGUGACAAACACCUUCCGGACAGCCCACAUCCAGAUCCAGAGCCAGGACCGGAGGCUGCUGACCCUGUCGCUGGACAAGGACAGCUGCCACACGUACAAGGAUGUGGUCAGGUUUGAGGUUGCUCCCUGCCCAGAGCCGUGUUCGGGGACCCAUAAAUCCAAGGUGCUGGGGCUCAGCUCCCACCGGCAGGAGAUGGAAAGGAACAAAGCCAAGGCUAAGCCUCUUCUGAUGCCCAUCAACACGUUCUCUGGCAUCGUCCAGUGAACCCGAAGGGGAGUCCGAGAGUGGCGGGCUUGACAGGAAGGAUACACUACCCGUCCCGCCGCAAGCACCCGCCCCAGUGGCUAGAACAAGGUUCCCUGGGGUGGCUUCCAGCCACAUCUAGAAGCCAGAAAGUGAGACGGAGCACGGGGCGGGUGUGGUGGAGCAGCACCCACACAAAGGCCCGAGAAGGCUGUGACCAAGCUGUGUACACAGAACCCAGCUCCUCAAGCCCGCGUCCACUCCUGCAUGAAUUUCCAGUUCCCGCCUCUCCCGCUAUCUUCUCCCACUCAGGCUGAAACCAAGAUGAGAGCUGCGGUCCGGGCCAGGGCCCAGCAGCCUGGGGAAAACAAGAAGCAGGCAGCAGCAGCCACAACCCCCGCUUCCCGCCCAGGCUGUUUCUUCAGCCUUGCAACCACUCCUAGGUGGGCGUCUCUCCCAGGUGAGAGGACAUGUCAGAUUCAGUAGAUGCACACUAAAGUCUUUCUGCUUUUAUCUAA